ACAUUGGUGAGAGGUGAGGUAGUAUGGCUGUCGCGGAAGUGGCCGCAUCGUGGCCCACGACCGACACGCGGCUAAGACCUUUUGCGGACUACCUUUUGCACAUUGCACUCAACGAUGAGCAGCCCUCUAUUUCUCUCCAGACGGCCUCUCCAGUCUUCCUAUCUGGAUUUCUUGGCUAAAAACUGUGCCCGUCUCCUUCGUGUAUUGCCUCUCUGCCUCUAUCUAGCUCGCGGCGUGCUGGAACCCCUGGAACAUCUUAGACUCGAGUUCACUUUACCCUUUGUGCUGCGCAUCCGACAAUCCGGCCUCCAAAGGCGGCGAAUUCAUCAGUUCUACUAUCCGAGUGGACUCCGAAAUAAUUUCCGAGUCAUGUCUAAGAGUCUUCGGUCGUUCUCAGUCUUUCUUCUCCUUUUCAUCACGGACUAUUUCGUCAGCACGGCCUUCAAUACAUUUUAGUUUCCCGAGCAGCCUCCUCAUUGUACGGAGGAACCCCACUCC